GGAAAUAACCGGGAAUCUAGCACAAAUUAUUGACUAAAUAUGUAAAGUAAUUGAUAACAAAUUACAUAAUAAGUCAGAAUUUCUAUUUAAUAAUAUGGAUGAUGAUCAAAUAAUCACUGUUGAAUGUUCACAAUCAUUAGAUUCUAUAAUAAAACAUAAUUCAAAUGAGAAAGAUGUAAAAUCUCUUCAUGAUUGUGUUGAAUUAAGUACAAUUAAAUCUUCAAGUAUAAAUAUUACAUAUGAAGAAAGUAAAUUAUCAACUUCGAUCUCUUCUUCUAUACCUUCAUCAAAUCCAACUAUUGUUGAACCUGUAACAACACCACUACCACCACCACCACUAACAACAACAACAAAACCAUCUAUAUCACAAGAUUCUAGUUAUAGUUUAUUGAAUAGUUUUAAAAAACGUAUUAAACAACAUUUAACUUUAUCAAGAAAUUCUAGUUUACAUAAAAGUAUGCAUGAUUUGUCUAUAUCCCCCAAGAAACUCAAUUUUCAAUCAACUAAUAAUAAUAAUAAUAAUAUAAUAAGUUUAAAUUCUGCAUCAAGUUCCAUUUUAUCAACGAAUGUAAAUAAAUUAAAUUUAACACAAGAUGUACCAGAUGAUAUAACAUUAAUUGAAAAUGAACAUGAUAAAGCAUUAAUUACUGUAACAUCAUUCACUAAUGAACAAUUACUUUUAUUACAAUCAAGUUGGAGUUUAGUGAAACAAUAUAUUGAAAAAAUUGGUGUGAUUACAUUUCUUGGCAUAUUUGAACAACAUUCAGACUUUCGUGAUGCAUUCACUGAAUUUCGAAAGAGAAAAUUCGUUGAUGUAAAACAUGAUCCAGCAAUGCAAGUUCAUGGUUUACGCGUAUUAAGCGUAGUAGAUAAACUAAUUACUCGAUUACCUAAAACUGAUGAUAUUGAAAGACAAUUAAUGAUGAUUGGAUCAAAACAUUGUCGAUACGUUCCAACAAUUGCAUUGGUAUCUAGUGUUUCGGACCAAUUAUGGGGUGCUAUAGAACCAGUCUUAAAAGAAGAAUGCUUAUGGUCGGAUGAUUUAGCAGUUACAUGGAAAUCAAUUCUUGAUUAUUUAACUAAAACAGUAAAAUAUGGUUUAGCUAAAACAUUCCAUUCUACACACAAAUAAAACAUAUUUUCUGUACUAUCAAUGAAAUGAAAUCAAUCACUCAAAACUGAUAAACAAAUCGAUAUUAAUGUCAAUAAUAUUAAAUAGCUUAUAUUCAUUUUCAUUUGAUUCUCAGUCAAUUUUUUAAUGUAACACUCGAUGAAAUAAGUACCCUUGUACAUAUUCAUUAAACAAUAUUCUUCACAAUUUUAGAUGUUCUGGUUUUCUACAUACUUUAUUUUGACUAUUUUGCUUUCUCUCUCGUUCCCCCUCACUUUUGAAUAACAAUUAUAAUUGGAUAAUAAUGAAUUCUGGUUAGUCUUUACUUAUUCUUUAGUUCACCUAAUUCAUAAUAUCUUUCGAUUACAUAACAAUCUAUGUUCAUAUGAAAAUUUCAUUCAACAAAUAUAAAAUCUUAAUUGUUCA